CCGUGUCCGUUGGCGUCAGUUGUGCCACUCUGGUCGCUAUCUCCCUGGAGCGAUUCUACGCCAUCUGCCAGCCCCUCAAGUCCCGACGCUGGCAGACCUUGAAACAUUCCUACAAGGCCAUCCUCGGCAUCUGGUUGUCGUCUGCCACCAUCAUGAUUCCUAUAGCUAUGAUGAUGGUGAUAAAUCUUAUUUGUUACUGUUACAGAGAACUGUGGCCCGGUGGAGUUUGGGAACGACUCUAUACAAUAGUUCUGGACGCGGUUCUCCUGGUGGUGCCGCUCUUUGUCAUGGCCUUCUCCUAUGGGAGGAUCUCCCGAGACCUGUGGUCAGAGAUCACCAUCUCGGAAGGCAGUGAUCCUAAGAGCCCCAUAUCAGAAUACGACUUCCAGCUCAAUGGGAAGGACUCCCAGGACGGCUACACCACUCCUCCACCUCAUUCACCGCUGCUUUCCUUCAGGAACAUCUCCCUCUCCAGCCCAACAGAGCCACACAACGCCAAGCUCAAGCUGCGAAUCAUGCGACCAGCCCAGAACCUCCGCCUUCUGGCCAACAAGAAACGCGUCGUCAAGAUGCUCUUCGUGGUAGUUCUGGAGUACUUUAUUUGCUGGACACCGCUGAAUGUUCUCAAUACUUGGACGGUGUUCGACUACUUAAGUGCCCGGGAUCAUCUCACGCCGUUAUCGAAAACGAUAAUUCUACUUGUGGCUUACAUGUCUUCUUGUGUCCAUCCAAUUACCUAUUGUUUCAUGAACAAAAGAUUCAGGCAAAGUUUUCUUGAAGCUUUCAAAUGUUGCUUUCGAAAGAAGACAGCAUCGUGUGCCUUCUACAGUGAGGCUUCUCAUUUAAACGGGAUCUCGGACGUUCUGUCAAUUAGAUCUGCUUCAGCUCAUUUUAAAAUUACAUGGAAAAGACAAACGUAA